AUGUCGUGGGUAUCUUGUUCAGUAUCUCUGUAUUUUUGAAGAUGGGGUGGAGAAGUAUGUACGCCGUGCGUUAGACGUGCACACAGUAGCACUGCUCUUCUGCAGUAGGACAAUACUGACUGUGCUUCUAUCUGGUGGCUUAUGAGAGCCAUUUUAAAGCCAGACCUCGUACAUGUGAAAGCAACUUAUAACAGAAGGUGGAAACACAGACGUUCCUUCUGUUCUCUGAUGCAUGGGAGGCAUUAUCUUGAAAAGACUCCUGGGCAAACGUUCCUGGUUGUGAGCUGGCACUGUUGUCCCAGUCAUCUUCAGAAAAAUCACACAGAAAUGAAGACAUAUUUUCCAUCCUGUGGUUCACCUUCUGUUUAAACAUUCAUUAACAGAGCACAUUAUUUUAAACUUGAAGAUGUUUGAAAUACCUGGUUACUCCAUUACAAAAACUUAAUCUUUUAAUUUCAAGCUAAUAUUUUGAAAACUUAAAGCUUUUCUCUCUUCAGAAUCUUUCAGGCUUUAGACUUUAUUGGCCUGUGAGUACAGAAGACCUGGAAGAAAAACAGAAGCUAAAUGGGUCAGCCCUGGAUUGCUUAGCCAAAGGGUUAAGUAGAACACACUUCAUUCCUUACUCAAAUUGCUUUGACUCCAAUCCUGCAAGAAAGUAAAAGAGCAGCCUUGUGAAGCUAAUGUUUCUGGCACUUCAGCAAGGAUGUUGGUGUUUCGUUUGUCAGUGGUGAUCAAGCUUUUCUUCCAGUUGGAUGCAUUUAUUUGCCUGGAGAAGUGUGACUGCUCUUCAAAAAAUGCAAUUUAUUGCUCUGGUCCCCACAUAAAAGACCUGGAAUCAUUAAAUUUGCCUUGCAACAUGACAGAAAUUCACGUAAUAGACACUAAUGUAACAUACUUGCAGGAUGCUUUUUCUAGGAUGGUGGAACUGCAGCAUCUCAUCUUGUCUUCAAACAACAUCUCUCUUAUUUCACCAAUGGCUUUCAAAGGCUUGAGAAGGCUAAAAGCCCUCAAGUUGCUAGAUAAUAAGCUGGUCGAACUUCCCCCGCAAGUGUUUGAUGACCUGGUACAGCUUCAGCAACUGAUCAUUGAAAAUAACAGGCUAAAAUCCAUUGAAGAAAAUCUGUUUGACAAACUAGCUAGUUUGGAGGACCUUUUAUUGAACAAAAACCAACUAACAGCACUUCCUAGUGGCGUGCUAAAGAAUCUUGCCAAACUGAAAGUAUUGAACUUGUCAAGAAAUUAUUUGGCAGCACUGCCUAGAAAUAUAUUUAGUGCGUUAACCAGGCUUGAGAAGCUGAUGCUGUAUUUUAAUAGGCUGUCUUCAGUAGAAUCUGGUAUGUUUGAUAGCCUGAAGGAGCUGCUGGAACUCUUCCUACAUUCCAAUAACAUCCAGUCCAUCGCCCCUGAUGCAUUUCAUUGUCUUCAUAAACUGAGAAGCCUAACACUCUCCAGGAACAAGCUUGAGGCUUUGCCUCCUGGGCUCUUUCUGCACUUGCAUGACCUGUCUAAAUUGACCUUGUAUGGGAACCCACUGAAGUCUCUUCCAGAAGUAUUGUUUGGAGAAAUGAGGCAUCUUGGUAGCCUGUGGCUGUAUCACACAAAGCUUUCAACAAUACCAGAUUUUGUGUUCAGUAACUUGACAAAUUUAGAGCUUCUUGUGCUGAGUUUUAAUCCAGAGCUUAGUGUUCUUCCUAAGAAUGUAUUCAGUGGUCUAAAUAAACUGCGGGGCCUUUCUCUGCAUACAAAUAAUAUUUCCAGUCUGCCAGAGGGCAUCUUCCUGAGCCUUCCAAAACUGCAGAACAUCUCCCUUUUUCAUUCGAGGCUUGAGGCUCUUCCUAGAAACCUCUUUCAUAAUCUCAAGCACCUUCAGAAGGUUUACCUCAAUAGUACUAAGCUGCAGUCUCUUCCUGGAGAUCUCUUUACUGCUUUACCUGAGCUGCAAGAAGUCUCCCUUGACGACAACCCUUGGAAAUGCGAUUGCCAAAUUCUUGGCUUCCAAGAGUGGCUCCAAAAAAGCAUGGAGAUUGUUAAAAAUGUGCCAUCUCUAACAUGUGACAGCCCACUGGUGCUACAGAAUAUUUCUGUUGUGGCAUUAACAGAUCAUCACCUGAAGUGCCUGCCAACCACAGCCAUUGCAUACCAGAUGUUCAGAAAAACUUAUUCCCAGGCUUUGGCUUCUCCUGUGAUGGAGCACUUGACAUCAUCUUGGGAGACUACUGUAACAGUGAUGUCUGGAAUGGAUACCAGCACACCCACAGCAGUUCCUCUUGCAACUCCAGGUUUUACCUACUCACAUGUUCAAGAUGUUAGAUGGCCUAGGUUUCAUUUAUCAGAUGUUCCAACUCAAGAUUCUCCCAUCAUAGUAGAAACCAACAGUGUUAGAGGAACAGAUUUAACUACUCUUGGCUGGUGGGAUGAAUUGCCAGCCCGCAGGAGUGCUAAGCCCUAUUUUAAUACCAGAAUUGCUUCUUGUCAGCUAUUCUUGUGUCUUUAUGCUUUGAUUGUAGCACUCCAGGGUGCAACCAUUGUACUCAGCCUGUAUGUGAUGGGUAUAACCAGGCAGUUCUUGCACUCCAGAAAUAUUCCUGCUCAGCCUGUAGUUCUGAUAAAAUUUUUAAGGAGACGGAGAAUACCAGCCAAAGAGAGGAUUAGAAGCACUGUUUUGCAUGCAUUUUGAGCAUUUGGGCAGUGCACACUUGAUUCAGAUACGGAUUACACAUCUUCAUAGCAAGAACUAUGAAGACCUUGUUUUUACAGUAUAAUGAAAGUGCACUUUUAUGUUCCUUACAGUGUUUGUGAAAAGUGAUUGUAAUCACUGUAUGUUGCUACAGCACUUGGUGCGUGAACCCAGAGGGAGAGCUGAAAGAAAAUCUGUGGUCACUUCUACGUGUGUGCUGCUUGUUUCCUGCUUUGGACUGCGGCCCUGUCCCUGCCAGACACCGCUGCCUGCUGUCACACUCAAUGUAAGGAAGUUGACAUAGGAACACGGCUUUAGCUGUGCUUUAAAGGUUGCCUGUAGUACUCCAAAUGCUAUUAUGCCUUACACUGCCUGCAUUGUUUUGUCUCCUUAUUGAGAAAAGGAAUAGUAUUUUUGGGAGGAGAUGCUGGAAAAGACCUUUUAAAACUAGAGGUGGGGGCGGAAUGAUGAGGUGCAAAUGUCUUAGUUUGUGCUUUCUGCCCUCAACCCCUUCCUAGGACGUGGCAGGAGGAAGGCACUGUUAAAGCUAACGGUGCUCUCCACCAGCUUGACCAGAAGAUAAGUAAGAUGCUGGGCUAGGAAGUAUAAUCUUGAUGUAUUUUGUUGUUUGUUUGUUUUUUGGAAACUUUGUAACAUUAUUACCAAUCUGAAUUCUAAGUAAACACUUUCAUCCUUAAACUUUGA